AUGAGGCUUGACAAACAAACGAGAAACGGACAAUCCCAAACCAGAACACUGAGUACCAGGCUAAAUAUAUUCUUUGCGAAAACAUUGAUUGUAUUCGCAUUUUUUUUCACCGGAAUUACCAAAGUUUCGGCUCAAAACCCUGUUGCCAACUUUUCAGCAAAUGUUACUUCGGGAUGCGCUCCUUUAACCGUCAGUUUUCUUGAUCUUUCAUCAGGCAGUCCCACUUCAUGGAAUUGGGAAUUUAGCAAUGGCACUUUAUCAAGUGUACAAAACCCGGUUGUCUCUUUCAGUCAGCCAGGCACCUAUUCGGUAAAAUUAGUGGUACAAAAUGCUAAUGGCAUCGGGCAGCUGGAAAGGAUCGACUAUAUCACUGUUUUUCCUUCUCCGUCGUUGAAUUUUACUGCAGACCUUACCUUAGGUUGCGUUCCGUCCACCGUACACUUUACCGAUCUGUCGACAUCACCCGGAGGAACGAUUACGGCCUGGGACUGGGAUUUUGGUGAUGGAGCAACAUCGAAUCAGCAAAAUCCUUCUCAUACUUAUACCAACAUCGGUUUUUAUGCAGUAACGUUAAGCGUGACAAGCUCAACAGGCUGCAAAGCGACCGCUACCCGCGCUAGUUACAUACGCAUUGUCGGAGGAAUAGAUACAGAUUUUGGAUACACUUUACCGUCAACCUGCCAGGGACCUUAUACUGUAAGUUUUCAAAAUCAGUCUGGCGGACCCGGCAACAUCAGUUAUACCUGGGAUUUCGGAAACAGCCAGACAUCCACCGCGCAAAACCCGGUGACGACUUAUCCCGGCCCGGGAACUUAUACUGUUCAGCUCAACGCACAAAGCGACCUGGGAUGCAGCGGAAGCAAACAGAAAACAAUAACGAUAACAAGUACUACCACCAACUUUACAGCCCCGCCCACUAUCAACAGCAAUCCGGCGAAUAUUGCCACCUACCAGUGGACAAUUGGUGGCACUGUACUCGGAGGAACCGGCCGCUCGGUGUCGCAUAGUUUAACGACAAACGGUACCUAUGAUGUAACACUAACAAUUACUGAUAACAAUGGCUGCAUCACGACCCGCACCCUGCCAAACUAUAUUUCUGUUGAUGGACCAUUGGCCAAUUUUAUUCCUUCAUCACCAGGUGCAUGUCUCAACAAGUCGGUUUCUUUUACGGAUCUUUCAACUUCAAAUGCAGCAAUCAACAACUGGCAUUUCGAUUUCGGCGAUGGUACACAACAGGAUUUUACGUCCGCUCCAUUCACCCAUACCUAUGGAUUAUUGGGUGGAUAUACCGUGUCGCUGACAGUAACCGAUGUUAAUGGAUGUUCAUCGGCUUAUUCGUUACCAACCGAUCUGCUCGUGACACAACCUAAAGCUGGGUUCAGAGCAGAUACCGUUUUCUGUCCCGGCCGACCACUCUCUUUCAUUGACAGCUCAUCAGGCGCCGGGCUUACCUACCUGUGGAACUUUGGUGAUGGUGGCAAUUCAACUCUUGCCAAUCCAACACAUAGCUUUCCGCUGGGAGAUGCCGACUACACGAUUAAAUUAAAGAUCAGGGAUGCUGAUCAUGCCAUGCAAUCAAAAUACCAGGAAACCAUCGCAGGCGCGAUGUAUGGGAUGAAAAUCGGCCCACAG